AUGUCCAAGAUGUCCUGGGGAAAGCAGGAUUGUACUGUUUUCACAAGGAAAGAAAUUCUGAGGUUAUAUCACCGAUAUCAUUCCUUGGCACCAGAGAUUGUUCCAUGUCACUUCAAUGAUUGCGCAGAUAUCAAACUACCUCUGGAACUCAUUAACGAGAUGCCAGAGCUAAAGGAAAAUCCCUUUCACCAAAAAGUUCUUCAAGUAUUUUCUGAGGAUAAGCAGAAUAACAUGUCAUUUAACGACUUUCUAAAUAUGUUCUCUAUCUUAAGUGAUCUGACACCUCAGCACUUAAAGGCACAUUACGCAUUUAAAGUUUACGACUUCAACAGUGAUGACUUCAUUUGCCAAUCAGAUGUGGAGGUGAUGCUUGCUAAGCUUACAGGCGACGAACUGUCAGAUGAAGAAGUUCAAUUGGUGUGCAAUAAAGUCAUGGAGGAAGGAGACUUAGAUGGUGAUGGAAAGCUUUCUUUCACCGACUUUGAGUACAUGAUCACUCGUGCUCCAGAUUUUAUGAGCACCUUCCACAUUAGAAUCUGA